AUGAACAUUUGUAUCAGUACUACUCCGUGGGCUUACUGGGAUACUGCAAGUUCCGGGGUCGCGCAGAUGCCGUUUGUUCGCACCCACGUGCCUCAUUCUCGUUCAACCUUCCGGCGAUACUGGACUCUACGUCGGCAAAGCCUUGGUGGACUUCUUCCUAGCUUGGAUCAAAAAGGCAUAUCCGGAUACCGUGGCCUAGUCCAAGCUGGCAUUGGGCUUUACAUUGCUGGCUUUACUACGACCAUGUUGGCGGUUGCGCUAGGGGGGCUGGAAUCUGAGAUUUUCUCACGGCAGAACCGUCUCUCGUCACUGUUGAUCACGGCCGCCACAAUCUCGGUCAGUGUGAGAUAUGGACUUCUGGCUUUCGGGAUUAAACGCAUCCUGGGCGAAGUGGGAAUUCGAGCCUCCCUUGGAGGGCAAAUGUUCGCAGUGGCAUGGCUGGCGGUCUUAUUUUCCUUUGUAGCCUCGUUGAUUUGGGUCAUUCUUUUGUUUUAA